AUGUCUGAUCACCAGGACCCUGCUAUUUCUGCAGAACUACGGGCAUGGCUUUUCUCCACUAUUGCGGAGUCCAUACCCAAGGCUUUAGCGGCCUUUCACGAACAAGCUUCUACCGAAGCUCACCCUCCUGCACAUCAACCCAAUGAUUCAGAGGAUUCCCACCUUUCAGACCAAGAAGGUGCCCCGCACAAACAACCCUGGAGAAGGGAUAGCGUUACUGUAGGCAGGGGAAAAGCUCCUGCAAUUUUUUUAAAACAGUCCCUGCCACACACUAUGCAGGAUUCCAUAGACCCUCUAGAGGGUUCUACCUCUAGAUUGGUUGGUCAUAUGAUGAAUGAUUAUGAUGCUAACUAUUCUGAUGAGGAUCCCCCGGUGAAUGUGCCCCAGGAUUCCUCAACAUCAGAGUUUAUUAAAGAGACCUUUAUCACACAAGUGAUGCUUAGGGUGAGCCCCUAUCUAAAGUGCAUUCUUCGGACAUCCUCCUGGAUGCUUCAGGCCUCCCAUUUUUUUGAUCGAAGAGUAAUUUGUCAUCCACAAUCUGCCAAAUGGGCCCCUCCUGAUAAUGUUGCCAGUUUUUUGUAA